CUUAAUUGAGGUGUGAAUUAGAGGGAUUAUAUAUUGAGAAGGUGAAAUAGAGAUGGAGUGGAGAAAUUACUAUAUGGAUGUGAUGUUUGUGCCAUUAGGGUUAGUAAUGAUCAUAGCAUAUCAUAUUUGGUUAUGGCAUAAGACUCGGACACAGCCCUUCACCACAACCUUCGGAAGACAUGCUCAUGGUUGUCGAUUAUGGGUUCCUACCAUGACCAAGGAUAUUGACAAAAAGAACUUGGUAGCGGUUCAAUCUCUUAGAAACCUAAUCAUGGGAUCAACCCUUAUGGCCACAUCAGCAAUUCUCAUGUGUGCAGGUCUAGGAGCAGUCAUAAGCAGCACUUACAGUGUUAAAACACCAAUCAAUGAUACAAUUUUUGGGGCACAUGGGAAAUUCAUGGUGGGACUGAAAUAUGCAAUACUUCUUACUAUGUUCUCAUUCUCUUUUCUAUGUCACACUUUCUCUAACGGUUUUCUCAAUCAAGUGAAUAUCCUAAUUUCCACUCCACAACAUGUCAAUUCUUUGGUGACCUCUGAAUAUGUAACUCAACUUUUGGUAAAGGCCAUCUUAUUGAAUUCAGUGGGUAACAGGCUCUUCUAUUCAGCACUUUCCCUUAUACUUUGGAUCUUUGGACCUGUGCUAGCUUUCUUCUCUUCAAUGGCAAUGGUACUUAUAUUAUACAACCUCGAUUUUCUGGUUGGAAAUAACAACACCGGCAUUGCGGAGCCCUAGAUGAUUUUGUCUCCAAUUAAGUUUGAGACUAAAACGUUUAGCCAAAUCAAUAGGUUGACUUAAUGAUAAAGAUAUAUCAUAGAAAUCUCCGAAAAGAAACAUGUUUGCUUUUACAUCUAUUGUUGGUUCACAAUUAGAAUAUUCUUCAUAAUGUACAUGCCCCAUCCGAAUUUGUA